AUGGUUUUGCCCUUCCUGAACCCAGAGGGGGGGUCGGAGUGUGACGUUGUCCUGCUGAACCGGUGGAGUGUCAGGAACUACCAGGUCCAACGAGGCGACAUCGUCUCCGUCCUGUCCCCCAAGAAUCCCCAGCAGAAGAUCAUCAAGCGGGUCAUUGGCCUGGAGGGAGACUUCAUCAGGACUCUGGGCUACAAGAACCGAUACGUUCGUGUUCCUGACGGUCACUUCUGGCUCGAGGGGGAUCAUCACGGACACAGUCUGGACAGCAACAGCUUCGGACCGGUGUCCGUGGGGCUGCUUCACGGUCGGGCCUCUCACAUCAUCUGGCCGCCAAAUCGUUGGCAGCAAAUCAAACCGUCUCUCCCCCCCAACCGAGGACCGCUGUACACUGAGGAAGAAGAGGGAUGAAGACACACUCACACACACUUUUUAUAACUAAUGUGUAAAUCUAAAAUGAAAUGUCUGGAAAAACGGAGCAGAGUUUAAACCACACAUCAGAUCACUGUUAUUAUUCAUAGUCUUUUGUUCUAAAAUUUCAAUUUCAGGAGAAAGAAAUCUAUGAUUCUGGGAGUCAGAUUGUUCCACAACUGUUAAAUAAAAUGUUUGACUGUA